CAGCCGGGGGUGGUUCUCCCCUCGCCGCCCUCCCUCCUGCGCGGGCUGCUCCCUCCCCGUGGGGCGCAGGGAGGCAAGCCCGCCCGCCCGGGAUGCCAUGGCUCCGCCGGGCUCCGCGCUGCCCGCCUGCCUGCUGGGGCUGCUGCUGCUGCUCGGCUGCUGCGGAGAUCUUGGCCAUUCCUCCGAGCUGGCAUUCGUUGUGGAGCCAAGCGAUGACAUAGCUGUGCAGGAGCAACCCUUGAUCCUCUACUGCCAGGUGGAGGGCAUCCAGCCCAUCACCAUCACGUGGCGGAAGAACGGCGCGCUGAUCGUGGACAGUGAGAAUGCCUUCAUGCUGUCCAACGGGUCGCUCUACGUCUCCCGCUUCCAGAGGCUCCGGGGAGAUGGGUCCUCGGAUGAAGGCGAGUACGACUGCAUGGCACAAAACCACUACGGGCUGCUGGUGAGCAGGAAGGCCAAGAUUCAGGCAGCAACCAUGUCCGACUUCCACAUCCACCCUCAGAACGCAGUGGUGGAGGAAGGUGGUGUAGCAAGAUUCCAGUGCCAGAUCCAUGGCUUGCCAGAGCCGGUCAUCCUCUGGCAAAAGAACCGCAUGCCAGUCAACACAGACAAUGAAAGGUACACGCUGCUUCCCAAGGGAGUCCUCCAGAUUACAGGACUGAGGGCAGAAGACAGUGGGAUUUUUCACUGUGUUGCUACCAAUAUUGCUAAUGUGAAGUUCAGCCGGGAGGCCAGGCUCACCGUGUCAGGCUCCCACUCCACCGUCUACAAGGACCCCAUGAUACUGGUUGGCCCGGAAAACCUCACGCUGACGGUGCACCAGACCGCGGUGCUGGAGUGCAUUGCAACCGGCAACCCCCGGCCCAUCGUCUCCUGGAGCCGCCUAGACGGCCGCCCCAUCGGCGUGGAGGGGAUCCAGGUGCUGGGCACAGGAAAUCUCAUGAUCUCAGACCUCACCGUGCAGCAUUCCGGCAUCUACGUGUGCGCUGCGAACAAACCCGGCACGCGGGUGCGAAGGACCGCGCAGGGCAGCCUCGUUGUACAAGCCCCUGCAGAGUUUGUGCAGCAUCCCCAGUCCAUUUCCAGGCCUGUGGGGACCACUGCCAUCUUCACGUGUGUGGCCCAAGGGGAACCCCCACCCCAGAUCACUUGGCUGAGGAAUGGGCAGAUCCUGGAGACCAGUGACCACAUUAAGCUGAAGAAUAACAACAGCACUCUCUCCAUCUAUGGGAUCAACCAGGCGGAUGAAGCCAUCUACCAGUGCAUCGCCGAGAACAGCGCCGGCUCCACGCAAGCCAGCGCUCGCCUCACGGUGCUGUGGGCAGAUGGGCUGCCGGGGCCUCCGCAGAGCGUGAAGGCUGAGACCGUCUCUGCCACCACCAUCCAGGUGUCCUGGACAGAACCUCUGCAGAACACCAAGGAGAUCAUCGGCUACGUGCUGCACAUUCGGAAAGCCGCAGAUCCUGUAGAGAUGGAGUAUCAAGAGGCUGUUAGCAAGAGCACCUUCCAGCAGCUAGUGACUGAUUUAGAGCCCUCGACCAGCUAUAGCUUUUAUAUAAAGGCUUACACCUCCCGGGGUGCCAGCAAAGCCUCAGAAGUCACAGUGGUGAGCACGCUGGGAGAAGUCCCAGCCAUGCCGUCCCUCUUUAUUAAAGUCAUUAACAGCACUGCUGUCCAGGCGACGUGGGAGCCCUCCAUCAAACUGGGCCAGCAUGAAGGCUUCAAGCUGUAUUACCGCAAGGUCCACCUCUCCCAGUACACAGGUCCAGUGCUACUGCCCAGCAACGUAACAGCAUACAACAUUACCCACCUGGAUGCCUCGGUGGUGUAUGAAGUCAAGCUCCUUGCCUAUAACCAGCACGGAGAUGGAAAUUCAACUGUCCGCUUCGUGUCCUUGAGGGAAACUGUGGAGAGGACAGUGCUGAAUCCCCCGUGCGACUGCAUGAAGGAUGAGCAGAACAAUAAAACCUCCACAACCGGCAUCAUCAUCGGGAUCCACAUCGGUGUCACAUGCAUCAUAUUCUGCAUCCUCUUCCUCAUGUUUGGGUACAGAGGAAGGCUGCUGAUGUGCAAAAACGUGCAGGAGCAGCUCUCGACACCACAGAUCCCCAGGAGCCAGCGCAGCACCUCAGGCCUCGCCCUGAAUGGGGCCGCUCGCAGGGACAGGGACGACCGGGACUUGAAUGGAAAGCAGUCGGAUAUGAACGAGCUGGAGAGGUUAUUCCCAGCAUCCCCAUCCCAGGAGCAGCAGGAGAAGGGGACAACGUCAUCUCCAGCAGCCCCCCAUGAUGAAACCCAGAUAACCACGCUCCCUCUGGAUGAGUUCAGCAUCAUCGAGGAGCAGCCGGACCCCCAGGGCAAUGCUGCUGCUCCAGCUCCCGACCAUCGUCCUGCCCAUGAAGGAUAGAACUGCCAAGACUCAAACCCUCUCGUGGGAGUUACCAGAAACCAAUGUGAUGUCUUUACAACGAGUUGUCAAUCUCAGGUCAAUUGAAGAUUUCUACGGUCUGAUUGUUAUUUUUUUGUUUUGCUUUAUUUUUAUAUAUAUAUAUAAAUAUAUAUAUACGUAGCCAGCCUUUUGGAAACUCUGUGAAGUUGAUCUUUCUGACCUCUCGGUGUGUUCCUGCCGACGAUGGCUUUACCGAGCACGGUCACGAUGGGUUUUCCCUGCAGCUGCUAAGUAAAAGACUCCUUGGCAGAGUUUGGCAAAGUCUCCCAUCUCUGACAGACCGGGGAUACAAUGGAGCCUCCUCUUGGCAUCCCAGACUUUUUCCUGAUCAGCAGCUUUAGGAUUGCUUUUUGGAUCUAUUUUUUAUUUCCAGAAGACUGGAUUCGGAGAAAUCCUUCUGACUUGACUCCAAACCUCGAGGCUCGGGAAGGCUGUCUCUCCAUGGAUUCGAUGGGUUUGUACACUUUCUCUAUUUCUCAGGAUACUUUUUUUGCUGAUGGACUCUAAAUAAUAUGGAAAAAAAAAGAAAAAAAAAAAGAAAAAAAAAAAGAAGAGUGUGUGUGUGUCAAAGGAUGCCUGCCUGAGGGCUACUGAAAGACUUGGACAGACAACCCGAGUGAACUCAGAACCUACCUCAACCGGAAUGAAUGUCUUCUGGGAAGCAGAGAUACCUGCGUCUUCCUUCGUGUUCAGAAAACAAGUAGUGUAGCACUUGGUCAGUACAAGCUUGGUCCUACCUCAGCAGUCGCGCUCUGUACCUGCCGCCUCGGUGCUGUUCUUGUCGUUGUUCCCAUGUAAAGCACUUCCAAACCUUUGAAAGCAAUGUUCUACCUCAAGCGUGAUAGAAACGUGUGUGUGUGUGUGUGUGUGUGUGUGUGUGUGUGCGCGUGCAUCCUCUCCUCUCCCCCAAUUCCUGCCUCUCCCACCCAGCCCCACACGAAGCAAGAUGCUUCUCUAGUAUUAUGAGCUUUACUUUUAGGGCGUGUAGCGGGGCUCUGGUGUGAUGUUGUGUGGUGGAGAUUUGUACCAUGGUUUUGUUACUUUAAAGAUUGUUGGGGCCGUCACAGACAACGUGGCUCGAUGCCCCCUGGCUCACCAGCACCGUUGCUUUGCAGGCCUCAUUUGGGUGCUGGUGGUGGCUGCCUCGACCCAUCCUGGGUGUAUCUGGGAUGGAGUGGGGCGUGCAGGGUGCUCAGAUACCAAUGCUGGGGCCAGGGCACCCUCUUGGCCCAUGAGCAUGCUGCUCUCCAAGGCUGAUUCCCAGCAGGAUGAUUUAUGGCAUGUGCCAGCACAAGCAGCAUAAGACACCCUUGGGAGCUGUGAACCUGGACGUCACUGUUUUGUCCCUUCAAGAGCAUCUAUGAGGAAACUGAUACAGCUCUUCCAAAACCCCUUGAGAUGGUACUGAGCUGCUCCCAGCUCCUCCAGUGUAUUUCCAGCUAGCAGGAGAUCAUCCAGAGGAUGAACAGAGCCAAAAAUGGCUCAUUUCCUUGGGAGGGCUGUGGCCAGGAGGCAUUCUGGAUGCUUGGAGCUGCCAACAGCCACCCCUUCCCCAUGCCCAGGGUGGGCAGAGGAGCUCCCAACACCAAAGAGAGGGUUUGUGUGUGACCCCCACCACCUCCAGGGACCAGCCACAACCCUGCCAUGGUGGUUUUGGGCUUGUCCUGGCAUGGUGCAGCCUUGUGAGCCUGGUGUCAUCCGUGGGACGUGAUGGGAGCACGCACAGGGGACAGGGACCUAGGGUGGCUCUUUCCCCACUGCGUGGGUUGGUUAAAACCGGGUGAAUGUGAAGGUUUGAGCUCUUUGCAUAGGUGGUGGCAAAUCAAAUGUCACCCUAUUUGCAAGGACAAGUGAAAGGAAUCAGGAAAGAAAAUGAGUUUAAGUUUAGAAGAACAGUAAUAAUUGUAUUUUUUUAAAUGGUACCCAUGGGAGAGUCCCUUGUGCCAGAAACAUCCCUCAUCUCCUUCCCACUUGGCAAUGGGAUGCUACUGAUAACUGUGUAAAUAAUACAUUGUAGAGGACCAUAAGGCAAACAUCUCUUCCCCCGUGCUGUGUCCUGGUGCUGGGCUGGGUUAGCUGUGAGCAGGACUCUGUCCUUCCAGAUCAAAUCACCCAGCUUAGCCCAAGCAGAUGUUAAUGGCAUUGACCUCAGGAGCAAGAAACUCUUGAGGCUUGGUGUUUGUAGCCCUCUGCCAUCAAAAUUGCUUCUCCUGUAGACAUCAUGCAGGUCAGAAUAAAUGUUGAAGGGUUAAAUGUAUACAUUAAACCCCCAAAUAGCCUCUCCCUACCCCACCAAAGAGGUGAAAUGGACAUUAGACCAAUUCCAGCUCACCCCUACCGUGGGGAGAUGCUCCUUUCCGCAUGAUGCUGGACCUGGAGAUGUGGUGGGAAGAGACCACAGAGGGACAGCGCUGGUGGCACCGUGCGAGACCAAUAGCACAGCCCAUCCCAUGGUGGGAACUGGAGGAUGACGGGACUUGGAAAGGGCAGAAGGGAGGAGGAGAUGCCAAACAGCUCGAGUUAUCACCUCAUAUCAAAGAAAACCCAAUCUCCUCCUGCCGUCCCGCUCCAGCCCAGCUUUUCUUUAUGUUGUUUUACUUUGUGUGUGUAUCGCCGACGUUCACGUUGAAGAAGUCCUGUUGCCAAAGUGAACACAGAAUUUAGACUAGCUUUCAGCUCAGACUUCCUGGAGCUGUGAACAUGCUAUUAAUUUAAUAUCAUAUUAUUGUGAUAUUGUAAUAGUAACAAGUAUUUGUCACUACUUCCUUUUAUUAAAGGGAAAUGCUGUGCCAUUUGACUAGUUGGAAGACAAUAGUAUGUCAAGAAUAGAGCUUUUUCCUUUCGGUUUAAUUAUGCAGAAAUGUGAUGGCUUAAACCAGUGCAGAUUAUGUGUUGGUUUGAGACGGUGGAAGAUGGAUGUAAAUCUUUAAAGACUAUUUUUUAGAUGUUUAGCUUUUCCUCUUUUUUGGGGUUUCUUUUCCGCUCGUCAGUCCGUACCAUUGGGACCUAAUGCUGAUGGUUGUGGCAGGUCAGCCCCUGAAGGGAUGAGGCUUGAAGUCUGGAGAUCCAGCAGGAGGAUGUGAUCUUCCAUGGGUUUUCCAAGCCUCCCAAGUCCACAAAACUGGGCAAAAUCCCCUCAAAAAUGGCGCGUUCUGGCUUUAUGCUGUGAUUACCUCUGGCUGCCACUUAGCUGGCAAGCAACACGUAACAGCACCUCUUGCCAUUCAUCAAUGCCUGAGCCAGGCCGGAGGCAAAGCUGUGCCAACCAAAACCUUGGGAAAACACCACCUGGAAUACGUCUGGCCUUUACCCUGUAAAACAAGAAGGGAAAGAGAACAAAGAGAGCUUCUGUUUGGUUUCAGCUUCAAGUCUGUCCUUGGUUCAGCCAAACUGCUGCCCUGUGUUUGGGGGAAACCACAGGAUUGUUACUGUGUGCUUAAGACACAGUUGUACAUGGGUGGAUAUGUUGUGCUUGGGUGGAUAUGUUGUACUUGGGUACACAUGUACUUGAGUGGACAUGUUGUACUUGGGUAAACAGCUGUACUUGGGUAGACACGUUGUUCUUGGAUAGAUGCAGAGCUGCAGGUCCCCGUGUGCUGCCGGGGGUUUGGAUGUUAUUUCAUAGGUGUUAAAAACAUCCUUCCCAGGUCUUCCAUGAGCACGUCCCCGUUUUCAUGGAAUCAGAGGCUUCUUCAAAGGAGUCACCUUUGGGAUCUGGCCGGGCUGUUGGUUGAACAGGAGCAUUGCUGCUGUCCUGUGCCACUGGCCUCCUGAGCCUCGAGGCAAAGCUCUGCUGCAUCCGUGGAGCAAAGGGCUUUGGGCAUCAUUUUGUGUACCAGGACAGAGGGCUGAACCAGCCAAGCUGUCACCUCAAACAUUCAAGCAACAACUUGCCAGAUUCCUUGUUUCUUUUUCCUUUUUAUUUUCCCUUUUUCUUAAUGGGAGGAAUUGAGUUUUCUCUGGAGAUAAAACCGCUGGGUAACAGGCAGAUGUUGGAUCAGUGCGAGCCACUGGCAACUGCCUGUGUUUGGGGUAGAAAUCUCGUCCUCUACUAUUUUUCCAAGCAAAUAAUUCCACUAAAUCAACUUGCUGCCUUUUCUGGGCAGAUCCAAACAAACCCUCUCACUUUCCUGGCUCAUAGCAGAAAAUUCCAGCUGAAAUUACACCAAGGAACAAAGCAUCCAAAAAGCUGUUUUCUUUAUUAUUUUAUUUUGGUUUUGGUAACCCAUAAUGGGCACAUCCUAUUCUUGGAGCUCUCAAGUUUACCAGAGAUGGCUGCUACCUCAGGGAUAGUAUCCACAUUAUCUUUAGUUGACCAGGGAAUAGUUUGAUGCUGUGACAGGGUAUUUUCAUGCCGUUGGAUUCAGGUAUUUAUUUGUCUGCCGUUAUCUCUCCUCUUCCUUGCUUUGUAAAGUGCUGAUGUGUUGAAGUGCUGGACCAGUUUGGGAAUCUGUACAGCUUCCACCCAAAAUUAUACCAAGGGACUGUACAUUUUGAGUUGGCAAUAGGAGUGUUGCUGCUUCUGGGGGGUGAAGGGAAGGUUUUUGCUGCCUGUGAGGCUGUACCUCCAGGAUAACCAUCCCAUAGCAUCCAAGGGGGGAUCAGUGCAGUGCCUGAGCCCUUUCUGAGCUGACUGACAGCGCUGAAGUCUGGGAGGCUCGCUUAAAACAAAGGAAAUGAAAAGCUUAUGAAAACAAAUGGCAGUGACACGGAGGGAACUACUGCAUCUGUGCUAACAGUGUUUGGAAACCUAUCCCUCCCCAUGCUGCGCCAGUGGAGGGGGAUUAAAGAUCCCGUCUGGCAACGUGAUGCCUGCUCAUUUACUUCCCUUGCCCGCCAAAUUAAAAGGGAAAGGAAAAGGAAGGUGUUAGUUUAAACCUAUAAUUUAAGGCUACAGGGCUGGGGCUUUGGGCAGGGAAGUGGUUCCAUGUGAGCACCAGCUCCUGGUGCAGGGCCACUGCUCCAGAACCCUCCAUAAUGCUGGAAAUCAGUGAAACGGCUCCAGGUUGCCUCCGGGAGCAGAGUCUGAGCCUCAGCAUCGUGUAACAAGAAGGGAUGAGGCUGGUGCAAAGCCCAACAAGUCAGGGAAAAGCCUGAUUUCACGGGGCUUUGGAUCAGGGUCUUACUUACAAAGCAAAGAGGGAUUUUUACCUUGAUCGUGUUCCCAUCGUUUGAACUUGCAGUAUCUUUACAUCUGUAAUAAAGUGAUAAUAAAGAUGGUGCUAAGCCUUUGUCCCAGCCCUCUUCGGGAAUCAGCAGUUAAGAGUACUAUUAAAAACCCAAAUUGCAAAGCACUUUUCUACUGUUUAUUUUCUACCUUCCUUCCUUUGAACUGUCUCGAUGUUGAAAUCCCACUGAUCCCAUGAUUGUUAGCUCUGUAUAAAAGGAAAAUAAUAAAACAAAACCCUUUCUUUUUCUUGUUUUUCUUUUCGUAGUUUGCUCUGUUUAGGUUUUAGCCUGUGGCUACUUGUACAAGAGAAAUAAAGCUAGAAUAAAGGAG